GGCGGCGAGGCCCUGGCGUCGGCGCUCGGCGUCAACGUGUCCCUGACGAAGCUGGACCUCUCCUGGAACGCGCUCCGCGACGAGUCCGCGCGCGCGCUCGGCCGCGCCUUCGCGGACAACGCGUCGCUCUUCGACGUCAACCUGGAGUACAACGGCUUCGGGGACGCGGGCUGCGAGGCCGUGGCCAUGGCCCUCGAGCAGAACAGCGGCAUGCGCAUCCUG